CAAACCGUACACUGUCCAUUCCUAACCGUAUCUAAUACUAAUACAGAUAUUGAGUCAACUAUGGCUGCCGGAACCCAUAGCUGGAAUCUUCCAUUUCUGUAGAGUUUACUCAAUUUAGACUUCUUUUCUUUUUCCCCCAAUCCCUCUUCUUCUCCGAAGCUUUCUUCCACCAUAAAUUCGCUUCAAACUCUAUCCCCAAACCACAAGCUCCUUCCCUUACGAUCGCGAUGGAAGGAGCUCAGGCGGCCGCUUCCGGCGGGAGUGGUCCGGCGCCGUUCUUGUUGAAAACUUACGAUAUGGUGGAUGAUUCUGCCACGGACGAGAUCGUUUCGUGGAGCGCAAGCAAGAGCAGCUUCGUGGUUUGGAAUCCGCCGGAGUUCAGUCGCCUUCUCCUUCCAACGUAUUUCAAGCACAAUAAUUUCUCCAGCUUCAUUCGUCAGCUCAACACCUACGGGUUUCGAAAGAUUGACCCUGAGAAAUGGGAAUUUCAGAAUGAGGAUUUUGUGAAAGAUCAAAAGCAUCUUCUUAAGAAUAUCCACCGAAGAAAACCAAUUCAUAGCCACAGUAAUCCUCAAGGUUCUUUAGCCGAUUCAGAAAGAGCAACUCUUGAUGAAGAAUUAGAGAAGCUUUCACGUGAAAAAUCUGUGCUCGAGGAAAAUAUUUCUCAUUGCAAACAGCAGCUAAUGGAAAAGCCUCAAUUGGAAAUCGUAACACAGCGGGUGAAUGGUAUAGAGAAAAGGCAAGAUGAUUUGCACUCUUUUUUAGAGAAAGCUGUUAAAGAUCCUGCUUUCGUAGAUUAUCUUGUUCAGAAGAUUGAAUCUAUGGAUUUCGGAUCAUAUAAUAAGAAAAGGCGACUGCCUGAAGUUGAAUAUUCACAGCCAGUUGUUGAAAAUGGUUUUGUGGAAAACCACAGUAGUUCAAGAGCCGAAUUUGGGAAUAUUUUCCACCAAGAUUUCUCAAAUAAGCUGAGAUUGGAACUAUCACCAGCUGUUUCAGAUAUGCACCUGGUUUCAAAUAGCACCCAGAGUUCCAAUGAAGAUGGAGAAAUUUUGCACAGGAAAAUAUCUGAGCCAGAACUUAGAGGUGCGCGUGUAAGAGCAGAAGGCCUCUUCCUUGCACCCGAACCAUUAGAGCUUUCAGAUACAGGGACAUCGUUUGGAUUUAAAAUGGAUUCAUCUUUGUCACGAAAACAGCCAACUAAUGGAAGCCCCGGAUUGCGCUCAUUGCAGACAAAUUUGACUUCUAGCGAAGAAGGCGAUGGCCAAAUUUCCUGUCUAUUAAAUCUGAGCCUAGCAUCUUCUCCAUUUGAAGUAAACAACCAUCCUUAUUCAGCUGGCAUGCCCCAACUAGGUCAGGGUAUCAGGAAACCCCUGGAAUUAAGAUUUGGUGCCAAUCCAAGAGAAUCUGAAACUAGAUUCUCUUCGAUGAAGAAAACUGUGGCCGAUGGAGGAAAAAAUCUACCGUCUUCCCAAGAGGCUGCAACUACUAAUCAAGGGUCAGUAGCUGCUCCGGGUAAAGUGAACGACGUGUUCUGGGAGCAGUUUCUAACCGAAAGACCAGGCUGUUCAGACAAUGAAGAGGCAAGCUCUAAUUACCGUGCAAGUGCGUAUGAUGAUCUGAACGAUGGAAGAUUAGGUAAUGGACUAUCAAGAAGUUCUAAGAACGUAGAACAGCUUACACUCUGAACACUAAAUUAGGAGUUUCUGACCGAUUGGUGGUGUCUCCUACUUCUUCUCAUACGUAUAAGAUUCACUCAUAAUUAGAUGCCAAACACAUUGCCUAAUUUGUUUGGUUUUUAACUUAAAAUCCAUUUCUUGGUCCUAUUAUAGAUUGUGUUCAAGGCCAUCUGGUUGCCACUGUACUAAGAAGAAGAAUGUUUUAGAAGUAUAGCAUUGACACGAGCAUUGUACAAAUUUAUUAAAUUUAUGAUGUAAAUUUUUAAUUCUAUGAUUAGGGAUGACAUAUAUAAGUAUUUCCGUCACUUCCAUUCUACAA